AUGGGAGAUAAUCAUGGGGGGAUAAGAAUGCGAGGAUGGGAUGGGCAUGAAAGGGACAGAGAGCAAGUGCCUUGGACUUAUCACAGGGGGGACACAGCUCAUCCCUUCUCCCCUCCCUCCCCUCUCCCCGUCGACUUCCCCCUUCCUCCCAAAUCAUCCCUCGCUGUCCAUCCCUGGCCGUCCAUCUCUGGUCGUCCAUCCCUGGCUGUUCAUUGUCGUGCAGGUGUUGCAGAUUCAGAUCGCCUCGCUCACAGGUUCUCGCCCGAGAACCAAUCGGCCACUCCCUCUUACGAGCCGCUAGGGCAUCUUCCCUUGGCGACUUUACAGCUCUUCCUUUUCUCCAGCUCGACCCUCAUCUCACCUCACCACCUGCCAGGGCUCCGCGGGUUCCACCAGAUGCUGAAAUCACUAUUUUGGGGCGAGGCAGCCGUUGCUCAGUACCCUCGAGUCAAAUCAGCCGCGCCAGGAGCCGCGGAGCUGCAGGCAGCGGGCAGCAUAUCCCACAGCAGCACGAGAGGCACAGUGGAGAAGAUGGUGUGUGUCCUUGCCCACGUGUUCUGGGGCAGAGACUUCAUCCCAUCUUCCAUCUCCUCGCCCCUCCCUCCUGUGUUUAGGAGCUCCGCUGGUUCGGCUGGAUGA